AUUACAAAUUACCAUGGGAGAACAAAAAAUUUGCAUACCCGAAAAACUUUGCCUCUCCUUUAGAUAUAUUGAUCGAAGCUAGCAAUGGUGCUUCUGAUUAUGGUAAUAAAUUUGGUGAACCUUUGAUCAGUGGCUUUACAAGAUCUUUCGGACUUGCUGACUCAUCUGGCGAACGAAGAGAAUGGAUCAAACCCAUCAUGUUUAGUGGUGGUAUAGGAACCAUGGAUGAGAACAUGACCGAAAAAUUACCUCCACAGCCUGGCAUGCAGGUCGUUAAAAUUGGAGGACCCGUUUAUAGGAUUGGAGUAGGCGGAGGAGCAGCUAGUUCCAUUGAAGUUCAGGGAGACAAUAAGGCAGAAUUAGAUUUCGGCGCUGUUCAACGAGGAGAUCCUGAAAUGGAACAGAAGAUGAAUCGUGUCCUAAGAGCAUGCCUUGAGCUCCCUGAUUACAAUCCUAUCACUAGUAUCCAUGACCAAGGUGCUGGAGGCAAUGGGAAUGUACUCAAAGAACUUGUUGAGCCUACAGGUGCAGUCAUUUUCACAAAAAAAUUUCAACUGGGAGAUCCAAGCAUAAGCACUCUGGAACUAUGGGGAGCAGAAUAUCAAGAGAAUGAUGCUUUGCUGUGUAGACCUGAACAUGUUGAAAUAUUGCGGACAAUCGGGGCGAGGGAAAGAUGUCCUGUCAAUUUUGUUGGAGUUGUCACAGGAAACGGUAAAAUUAUUUUAUCGGAGGAUGAUGAAACAAACAUAGAUGCUUACAUCAAAGAAAAUGGUAACAAUAGGGAACUAAUGAAUCCAGUAGAUCUUGACUUGGACUUGGUGCUCGGAAAAAUGCCACAAAAGGUCUUCCAUCUAGACUUACAACCUGUCAUUAUCAAAACCUUGAAUCUCCCAGCCAACCUCACGGUCAUGGCAGCCUUGGAAAGAGUCCUAAGGUUACCUUCCGUCUGCAGCAAACGGUUUCUAACAAACAAGGUGGAUCGCUGUGUCACUGGACUUAUUGCACAACAACAGUGUGUGGGUCCCUUACACACUCCUCUUGCAGAUGUUGCUGUCACAGCUAUAUCUUAUUUUGAAACAGCUGGAAUAGCAUCUGCCAUUGGUGAACAGCCAAUCAAGG